AUGCCGGUUCCUAAUAACUCUUUAGUCUCUCAAUUUAGCAAUUUGAUUCUGUUGCGUGAGUUGCAGUAUGAUACUAUUUCUUUGACUCGUGAGCACAAUGCAAAUAUCUUAAAGUUAAAUGAAGAACAGAGGGUAGUCUAUGAUAAAAUUAUUGAUUGUGUUUCGAACAAGAGGCACGGAUUCUUUUUUGUGUACGGGUUUGGUGGCACUGAAAAAACUUUUUUAAACAGAGUUUUGUCAGCUAGAUUGCAAUCUGAGAGAAAGAUUGUUAUAAACAUUGCUUUUAGUGGUAUUGCUUCUCUGUUGUUACCUGGUGGUAAGACGGCGCAUUCUAUGUUCAAUAUUCCUGUUGAGCUGACUGAAGACACUGUUUGUCGGAUUAAGAAAGAUAGUCCAAAAGUUAAGGUAGUCCAAUUAGCCGAUUUGAUUUUUUGGGAUGAGGCACCGAUGACUAACAAAUUAGCAUUUGAAGCGCUCAAUAGGACGUUGCGUGAUAUAAUGGUUUCAGUCUCUGAUAGGAAUAAAGAUUUACCUUUUGGUGGGAAGGUGGUUGUUCUUGGUGGUGAUUUUAGGCAGGUCUUGCCAGUUAUUCCAAAAGGUUCUCAUGCUGAGAUUGUGAUGGCUUCCAUAAAUUCUUCUAUCCUCUAG